UCCACGGGCUGCCCUCAGCCCUGCGGCACCCGCUCUCCUGGAAGACCCACACCUCCAGUCCGAGGCGCGUCUGCUGCGGGACGCGAGUGAAAUGUGGCGUCAUUCCCGAAACAGGCGUUAAAGCGCGUCCCGCUACGAAGUGUCGGGCGGCGGAGGAUCCUGCCCUUCGAGGCCGGAAUCAAUGUGGCACAAUUUCAGUGUUUUGCCCUCUCCGCCUAAAAUGAUGCCUGAAAUGCUAGCAACGGUAGUUUGAAAUUUGAGAGUUACUGUUACAAGCUGACAUUCUUUUUACAUGACUACCCAGCAGCGUUCUGCAGUGCAGGAUAAUUUAUUCACAGGGUCAUUUAUUUGCGAGUGUUUUUAUUAGCAAAUGAGUAAAUCAGUGAUUUUUUUUGUUGUUAGAGCUGAAUGCCUAACACAGCAACACAUUUGCAACAUUAUCAAUAGUAAGAUAUGCAUAAUAGGGUGCUCAAAUUUUUUUCCCUGUGCUAAGUUUUAACUGUGGAAGAGCGGUAUUUUAAAGAUGCACAUUUUAGAGAAAGGGUAUAUUUUUUGUUCCCUACUCCCUUUUUGGAUGGUGCACAAAUUUUUUCUAUGUCUGCUUUAAUUACUUUCUGAACUGUAGGCCUGUAAAGCACUUCUCAAUCUAUUUUUUAUUUCCAAAAUAGAAAACUUUUCUUUGCCUCUGCAAGCUCAAUUAAAAUUUUGUCUACUUAGAAACCUCGAACUUUUGUCUACAGUUCACUUUUUUGAAAACUUCUUUAUUCUUUUCUCUGAUCUGUCUUGACUGUCUUUUCCUUUUCUCCUAGUUCUCCUUUGAAUUUUAUACCAUCUGUAGCAGUGUCUGUACGUAGUGAUUCAUCUUUAGAAAACAGAAAAGACAUCAGCUGUGGGUAUAGAUAUCUUCCUUGGAAAAGGGGAAACUGUGUAAGAGGAAUGGGAGUGAAAACAGGUAAAAUCCUGUUCUCCUUACUCAUGUUACCGUCCAAUUCCAACAGACCCGUACCUGAGAGGGAAUUCACCCUUGCCACCCCCUGUAAGUGACAGGAUGAGAAAGAGACGGGCUUUUGCUGAUAAAGAGUUGGAGAACAUUAUGCUAGAGAGAGAGUAUAAAGAGAGAGAGAUGAUGGAAGCUACACAAGCAGCUACCCUUUUUCUCCCUAACCGCAUAGUGCGUGGAGCUGAAUACAACUCGUAUAAAACAGCCUUCAACACUAUUCAAGUUGAUGCUCCAAACAAGGAGUUUUGCAAUUUUUUACCAACCUGCCUUGAUCUAACAAUGCAGUAUUCAGGAACCAGCAACAUGGAACUAAUUUCAUCAAAUGUCAGUGUAGCUACUUCCUACAGGCAGUAUCCUCUGCCUUCUAGGUUCUUAGUGUGGCCAAAAUGUGGCCCCAUUAGUGACGCUCUUCUCUACCAGCAAUGCCUAUUAAAUGCUAGUACUGUCCAAGCUCUCAAACCUGGGGCAGGUUGGGAUGCCAAGGUCUCACAAAGUCAAGACUGUCCAAACACUGAGCAUGACAUUAUGCCUCCAAAACUGGAAAAUUCACUUGUUCUGACUCACACACAAGACAUUCAGCAGUCACGUAAUGAAAUACUGUGCCUUCCUCAGGAAGCUCGAGAGAGGUCAGCUUUCUCUCCUCCAAAAAGGACUUUCUUGCAGAUUUCUGAUAAGGAUUCUCUGUCUCCUCAGGAGCAGGUAUUAAGCAAGAUAAGCAAAAGCAGUACCAAACCUCCUCCACCGCUCAAAUACAGCCCAUUUCAGUCACUGUUCCAGCAGACAUUUUCUGACAGAUCAGGAGCAGAGUUAAGAACAUCAUUUGUGAAAGAGACUUUUGAAGAUGCUUCUAAGAAAUACAGAGAGUGUGGUGUUAAAGAGAACCAAAAAUACAAGUUUACUGUAGACAAAUGUGCAAGAGACUUCUCUGGGGCCAAACAGGCCACAACAAAACUUUCAACAAGUGAGCCACUGUCAUUUUCAGUUGAAUCCAUCCUUAAAUGACCUCCUUGUGCAGUUACUAAUAUCUCUCAAUGAAUAAACUAUACCUUCAGAGUAGAGAGUAAGUUUUGCCUUCUACUGAAUUGCUACUGCCUGCCUUAUCUCUUAAAAGAUUUUUAAAGAUGAAUUUCUGCUGUAAAUGGUAAUUCUUUCUUUUAUCUCAAAAUUAUGUACAUAAAU